UCAUGAACUUCGGGAUUAGCGACAAGCAGCUCAGCUUCUCCAAAAGUUUGAACUGUAGCAAGAUGAGUAAAAUGUAAUUUGUCGGUCACUAUAUCGAAAGGAUAUGAUAUACAAAAUUUAAGACUCGUCAUAUGAAUGAAACAUGAUUUAAUUGAUCAACAGAGCAUAUUUGGCGCGAAAUCGUAUUUCCCUCGACAACGUGAUUAUCAAUAACAAAAUGUUGGUAGUGUAACAAAAUUUAUUAGAAAUUACAAUGGAUAUCAGAAAUUAUUUUGGAUCUAGUUCAGCUAAAAAGGUAACUUCUACACCAAAUAAACCCAAAGAGUUAAUUCCUACUAAAUCAGGUGGUUUGAAAAGUAAUAAAUCUUCAAAGGAUCUUAUUAUCUUAGAGGAGAACAACAACAUUGAUAAGCAAGAGAAACCUGGAAAGAAACUAAAUGCCAGCAAUCACUCAGUUGAAAAAUGUGUUAAAGAAAAUGUGUCUGGAGGAAAGAAACUUGCUGCAACUACACCAGAGCAGGUGAAGAAGACAGAAAAACACAAUGAUAAGGGUUCUAGAGCUGAUGAAAAUAGCACAAACAAAUCUUCACGUCAAGAAAAAAAUGUGGAUAAUAAGAAAGAAACCAACAAGAAAAAGACUGAGAAAAAGCAGUCAGAAGAUAUUGGCAAAGUGUCUGGGAAAAAACGGAGGUAUUCCAUUGAUAGCAAUGACGAUUUUGACAUUAAGAAAAUAAAGACCUCUCCAAAGCAGAUGGACAACUCCAAAGAACAGGACAAAAAAUCGAUUAGCAAAAAAGAAAAGGACAAAAAGUCUGAUAGCAAGAAUGGUAAGGAGAAAAGUAUGGAAAAAAAGAAAGAGAAGUUGAACAAAAGUCAGGAGGAAGCUGGCAAUGAAAAGUUAAAGGUGGCAUCAAAGGAGAAAUCAACUAAGAUUGGUAAAGAGGAAAUAGUAAUGUAUGUUGAUAGCGAUGUUGACAGUGAUUCUUCGCCUUUAAAGAAGACCUCCAAGAAGAAAGAUAGGAAGAAAAAUAUUAAGAUUUCAAGUGAAGAGGAGAAAGAAGAAUCUGAUGAUGAUGAUGUGUCUCGAAGAAUUAUCAAAAAAGGAAAGCGAAAGAAGAAGAAACACAGUUACAGAAUAUCUGAUUCUGAUUCUGAAGAAGAAGUUAAAGUGAAGAAACCCAGAGAGAAAAAACCAAAAAAGAGACAGCCUAUGUUCUGUGAAUCAGAUGAAGAUGAUGGAAUGAAAUCUUCAAUCAAAACUUUCUUCAAACCUCAUUCUAAAGCUGAGAAACCAACUUCAUCAAAAGAUGCAAAGUCUCCAACAAAAGGAGUAGCAGUGAGCAGUGCAGAUUUUUUUGGUUCUGUUAAAGUUGAAAGAACAGAAAGGAAAGUAACUAUUAAGGAAAAGAACGAAGUGGAUGAAUCUUUUGAAGACGAAUUUCAUGAUGAUGAUGAUUUCCUGGCAACCUUGGCUCAGCUUGAUGAAGAAAUUCCUAUUAACAAAAAGGCUAAAGUCAAAACACCUGAGAAAAAUGCAGUUACUCCUCAGAAACACACACCUUUGAAAAUAACUUCUAGCUGUUCAGUCACUCCAAAGAAAAGUGUUACACCCAGUAAAGUGACACCAGAAAAAAGACUCACACCGAGACGAGGAACACCGGAACUUACAGUUACAUAUUGCAAAGAUACUCCUGAAAGAACUUCCAAACAACUUACUCCUUCCAAAUCAGCCACUCCUUCAAGUAGUCUUGGCAACAGUCUUACUAGUAAAUUGGCUGCCAAAAUGAAACAAAAGAAAGAAGAACCAGUCAGAUCCUCACCAAAAACACCAACCAAAGCAAUAACCACAACUCCCAGUCAAAAACCUAAAGUUAACAUUCCAGAAACGCCCACACCAGAUCCUGCAGACAAGAAAACCUCAUACCUCUCAUAUCUGAACAGAGAAGGGCCUCAACAUCUUGGAUCUAAAGAAAUUCCAACGGGAGCUGAGAACUGUUUGGAGGGCUUAACGUUUGUAAUCACUGGAGUUUUAGACUCAAUUGAAAGAGAUGAGGCAAAAUCUUUGAUUGAGCGGUAUGGUGGUAGAGUAACACUUUCACUGAGCCGCAAAACAAAUUAUUUGGUUGUUGGUCGAGAACCUGGUCAAACUAAAAUACAAAAAGCAGGCAACUUGAAAACACCACAGAUUGAUGAAGAUGGUUUGUUUGAUCUAAUCCGCAGUAAACCAGGCAAAAAAUCUAAAUUCCUUAUCAAUGCAGAAGAAACAGUGAAAAAAGAAAAGUUGGAAACAAAGAAAAAUGACAAAAAAAGUAAUGUUAAAAGCCCAUUAAAAGCCAGUUGUGUGCCUUCUACCUCAACUUCUACCAAAGACACAAAGCCAGACACAACAAAUAUUCCCAAAACUCCUUCAGAUACAUCACUCCUUUGGGUGGACAAGUACAAACCAAACAAGUUAAAACAGAUAAUUGGUCAAAAUGGUGACAAAAGCAAUGCAAAAAAACUUUUCAAAUGGAUCAGUAACUGGCAUGCAAACCGCGCGGCAGGAAUCAAACCUCAGUCAAAUCGAUUCUAUGGUGGAAAUGAUAAUGGUGCAGGUUCAAAGGCAGCACUUCUCUCUGGUCCACCUGGCAUUGGCAAGACAACAACUGCUCAUGUUGUCUGUAAGGAAGCUGGUUUUUCACUUGUUGAAAUGAAUGCAUCAGACACACGGAAUAAAUCUUCUCUCAGUCAAGAACUAUCAACUUUACUGAAGAAUACAUCCUUAGUUGAUUAUUGUGGAACUGAGAGUUCAUCUUCAAAUGGCUUUAAACAUUGUGUAAUAAUGGAUGAAGUUGAUGGAAUGGCCGGUAAUGAAGAUCGUGGAGGCAUUGCGGAAUUAAUCCAAUUAGUGAAAACUACCAAAAUACCAAUUAUAUGUAUAUGUAAUGAUAGACAACACCAGAAAAUCCGUUCCCUCGCAAAUUACUGUUUUGAUUUGAGAUUCCAGCGUCCACAUAUGGCACAAAUAAAGUCUGCCAUGAUGACUAUUGCAUACAAAGAAGGCCUGCACAUUAACCCAGGUGCUUUAAACGAGAUAAUUUCAGCUUCUAAUCAUGAUAUUCGACAGGUCAUCCACAAUUUGUUCAUGUGGAGUUCAUCUAAUAAAAAUAUAUCAUAUGAAGAUGCCAAAAGCAAUGCAGAAAUGGCUAAGAAGGAUAUAAAACUUAAUCCUUUUGAUGUGUGUCGGCAAGUCUUUGCUGGUGGUGAAAAGAAAAUGUCCUUUAUAGACAAGUCAGAUUUAUUUUUCCAUAAUUAUCAACUAGCACCUUUAUUUGUGCAAGAAAACUAUGCAUCUGUUGAGCCAUUUGCAGGAAGAGGAAACACAGCGAAACAUUUGUCUCUGUUAGCACAUGCAGCCAACAGUAUCUGUGAUGGAGAUAUUGUUGAAAAGCUCAUAGGCCAAAGACAGAGCUGGACUCUACUUCCGGUAGAGGCUGUAUACGCUAGUGUUUUGCCCGGUGAAUAUAUGAGAGGCAGUGUUAACUAUAUGGUGUCUUUCCCAAGUUGGCUUGGGAAAUUCUCAUCUCAGAACAAAAAUCAACGUAUCUUACAGGAACUUGGAGGUCAUAUGAAACUAAAUAUUUCAGCAGACCUAAGAGGUCUCAACCUGGAUUAUCUACCAUGUCUUCAGCAACACCUUGUGAAACCUCUACAAGAGCAACAAAAGGAGGGUGUACCUGAAGUCAUUGCAUUGAUGGACAAAUAUGAUUUACUUAGGGAAGACUAUGACAAUAUAAUGGACAUUAACAAGUGGCCUAAUUCUAAGGAUUACACCAAAAGCCUCACUACUGCUACCAAGGCGGCAUUCACACGGAGUUAUAACAAAGAAUCGCAUCUGAUCCCAUAUGCUACUGGAACAGUGACAAAGAAGCGUACCAAAGGUGUAUCAGCAGGUGAUGAUGUAUUCGGUGAUGAAAACACAGUAGACCAAACAUCUGACAGAGAAGAUGAUGAUUCUGACAGUGAUGUUACUAAAGAUACUAUGAUUAAGAAGUCGGCAAAGAAAAGUUCUGAGAAGACGAAUGCUAGUAAAGGGAAAGGCAAAGGCAAAGGCAAAGGACAGUCUAAAAGCUCAUUGUAGCAGACUCCUUUCGAUUCUUUUAAUUAUUGAAUCAUGAACAUUGUUUUCAGCAGCAAAAUGUGUUUGCUCCAUUUUGAAGCUGUCAUUGAUUUGACAUUAAUUUUGCUCUUUUUUUCUUUCUCUCUCUCUCUUUUUUUUCCUCGUUGAGGAUAAUUUGAAUAAAUUUGAAACAUUUUGUAGUAAAAACAUUUUUUUUUUCUUUUUUUACUCCUUGGGCAAGUGUCUACUUCUGUAACCUCUGGCUUACCAAAACCUUGUGAGUAGAUUUGACAGAUGGAAACUGAGAGAAGACCAUUGUAUAUAUGUGUGUGUGUGUGUGUGUUUCUGUCUACAUGUAUUCACUUUGCAUGAUAGUUGUAAAUAAGUGUCGCCAUCAUGCAGUUAGUAUCUUUCAUUUCCAGUAUUCCAUGAAAACAUGUCUAGUCAUGGAGAAAUAUUACCCUACAUGGAAACAGGUGAGGGUUGGUGAUAGGCAUGGCAUCAGGCUACAGAAAAUCUGUCAAGAAAUUCUGUAUGACCCACAGAGUAUGAAAGAAUGGAUGUUAAAAUGAUAGUGAAUUAUUAUUUGGCAGAAUUGGUAGAACUACAGACAAAAUGCCUGGGGGUACCUAGUUACAUCCCUACUUGUUCUGAGUAUAAAAACUUACUGGGGUUCAUAAAAUAAGUACCAGUUCAUUAAAAUAGCCUUCUAAAAUUAACCAUAUAGAAAAUAAUUCUUCUUAACCAUGUAUUUCCUCUACAGCAAGACAUCUGUUACACCCCUUGUUUUGCGAGUUACUUGUGACCUCACUGGUGCCAGUGCCAUGUAGAAAGCACCUGAUACACUCUGUUAAGUGAUUGGCAUCAGGAAGGGCAUCAGCCAUAGAAACCAUGUCAAAGCAGAUAUUGGGGUUUGGCACAUUCCUCUAGCUUGUCAUCUCCUGUUGAUCCAUCCAACCAUGCCAGCAUGGAAAACAGGCAUUAAAUGGUGAUAUUAUGAUGUGAUUAUUGAAGCUAUGAUUUUGAUUAAUUAAAAUUAAUUGUUUAGUACAUGAAUGAAUGAUGAUAGUUCUCAUUUUCCUAUUAAAUUUUUAUGCUGCAGAUGUCACUAGGUGUCCAAUAUUUGCUUUGGCAUAGUUUCUAUGGCUGAAUGUUUUUCUAAUGUCAACCAUUGUACAGAGUGUACUGGGUGCUUUUCCUGUGACAGCACUAGGAUGGGCAUCUAGCUGAAGACACUUUGUCAAUGAGGACAUUGGUACUCUCUGGUUAGACAGAUCAUGCUGAACUGUUCAACCUAUGCAAGCAUGGGAUAUGGAUGUUAAAUGAUGAUGGUGAUGAUAUAUUUGAUGGAACUCUCCUAUUGAAGAUGAUGUAUGAGCAUUCAGCUUUUGCUGAAUGACCUGCACAUAUGAUUUGUUUAUAGUGAUCAAAUGUUCAUGCAGCGCAUUAGCUCACUCUCUCCAUCAAAUCGACAUUGUCUGAACAGGUGCACAGUGUACUACACAACAAGUGUCAAAGUGAUCACAGAGCAACAUGAAGUGAAGUAUUUUGCUCAAGAACACAAUGCACCACCCAGUCUAGGAAUCAAAAUCACAAUCACCAGAUCAUGAAUGCAACACCCUAACCACCAAGCCAUGUGCCCUUGAUGAUAUAUACAUAUUUAUAUUUAUAGGAAAUGAAAUGUGCAGGCGCCAGUUUCAAAAUUUGAAGAGUAAUAUUAAAUGCAUUGAGUCUAAGUAAAUUAUCAUUAAGAGAUGAAGAAAUAAAUGAGUAACUUCAUUUAUAAUUAUAAUAAAUGUUUUAGCAUAAUUGCCUUUCUUACUAAUAUCUGGGUGACACGUAAAAGCACCCACUACACUCUCUGAGUGGUUGGCGUUAGGAAGGGCAUCCAGCUGUAGAAACUCUGCCAAAUCAGAUUGGAGCCUGGUGUUGCCAUCCGGUUUCACCAGUCCUCAGUCAAAUCGUCCAACCCAUGCUAGCAUGGAAAGCGGACGUUAAACGAUGAUGAUGAUGAUGAUGAUGAUGAUGAUGAUCUGUUUUCCAGAUAUCAAAUUAACAAGAUUAAGUUGCACAUUAUGUUAAAAGCAUUCCAUUUUCAACAUAUGUGUUUAGUUAAGGUAUACGAAGAAAAUGAAAAAAAAGGACAUACAUAUAUAUAUAUAUAUAAAGUAAAUUAAUCAAUGAACAAUAAAUUUUAAUAGAAAUUUAUAAAAGCAACUGAAGAAAUAAAUUCAAUAUACUGAAUUUAUGAUAGAAAAAUUGUUCUACUUGUCAAAUUUUUUUUCUUUUUUUUUUGUUUGUUUUUAAAUUGUAAAUAUAUUCUGAUAAAAAACCCAACAAAAACAAAAAAUAUUUUUAUGAAAUAGACUCAUCUGAAUGGAGGGAAAAGAUGUCAUGGUUAGGAAUAAUGGUAAUUUGUUUGUAAUUUUCUUAUGAGUUGAUGUACUGUAGGAUAUAGAAAAUAUAUCUAAUAUUUUAAA